CCACUCUGCGCUCGGACUCUGCCAGGACAGACACUCGGGGGUCGGGCCGUAUGCGGGGGCGGGGCGGGCUAUGAGGCGAGUGCUGGGCCACCGGGGCAAUGCCGAGAGGCGGGGACACGGUGGGGACGCGGCGGCGGCUCCGCCAGGGCCAUCGCUGCCGGGGUCCCGGUGCCCGCAGGAGAACAGCCUGGUGUGCAGCAGGUGCGGUGGCAAAGCUCGCAGUGCCCAAGGCUGAGACCCCCGCCAUGGCCAGCCCCGGGAAGCCUGGGGCUGGGGAGAACCAGGAGGAGGAGGGGUGGGACAAGGGGCACGCCCCAGGGCCACUGGCAGCGACACUGGAGCAGGCCCAGGAGCUGUUUCUGCUGUGCGACAAGGAGGCCAAGGGCUUCAUCACCCGGCACGACCUGCAGGGCCUGCAGAGCGACCUGCCCCUCACGCCCGAACAGCUGGAGGCUGUGUUCGAAAGUCUGGACCAGGCGCACACCGGCUUCCUCACCGCUCGGGAGUUCUGCCUUGGCCUGGGGAAGUUGGUGGGGGUGGAGCCUGCCCCGGGUGCUCUGCCCUCCCAGGCUCCUCGGGCUCCAGAGGAAACCUUCGAGGCGGGCUGGUCGGAUGUGCGAGGCCCCCGGGGCUCCCUGGAGGAGGAGGACGAGGAGAGAUUCUGCUCUGCGCUGGAGCAGCUGGGGGUGGCCCGGGUCCUGGGCGAGCAGCGGGCAAUUCGGACGCUCUGGACCCAGCUGCAGCGUGAGCGACCCGAACUGCUGGGCUCCUUCGAGGACGUUCUGAUGCAGGCGUCGGCCUGCCUGGAGGAAGCGGCCCGAGAGCGGGAGGUCCUGGAGCAGGCGCUGCGGCGGCGGGAGAGCGAGCACGAGAGGGCGGUGCGAUGUCUGUACGAAGAUAUGGAGCGGCAGCUUGGCGAGCAGCGCCGGCGCCUGCGGAGUCAGGACGUCCCCCGGGAGGAGCGGAGAAGCCGCCUAGAGCUGGAGCUGCAGAGUCGCGAGCAGGAGCUGGAACGCGCGGGGCUGCGGCAGCGGGAGUUGGAACAGCAGCUGCAGGCCCGGACCACCGAGCAGCUGGAGGCGCAGGCGCAGAACGCCCAGCUGUGGCUGGCCAACGAGGCGCUGCGGGCGCAACUGGAAGGGGUGCAAGAGCAGCUCCGCAGACUGGAGAGCGACUUGCUGGGCCGUCGGGAGCAAACCCAACGAGACGUGGUCGCGGUCUCGAGGAACAUGCAGAAAGAGAAGCUCAGCCUCCUGCGGCAACUGGAACUGCUCAGGGAGCUGAACACGAGGCUACGAGACGAGAGGGACGUCUGUGAGGCCGAGCGGCUGGGCAGUGGCCGCAGGAAGGCUCUGACCACGGCCCCCCUGCUGGGGCCCACCUGCUGCUGUUCCUGCUGUUGUAGUAGCUGGGCUCGCCCCCCCAGACGCGGCUCUGGCCACCUUCCCAGUGCCCGCUGACCAGCCCGAGUGACUCACUGGGCGUUACUUGGUUACUCGGAGAAGCUGCCCCUUGAAGGCGACUCCUCGUGGCUGGGGGCUGCCCAUCCUGGCUGUGGGUUCUACCCAGUAGGUUGCCUGGCCUGCCUGACUUGCAGACGUGAAGGAACUAAUCCUGGGUGGUCAGGGUCUCACCGUGCCUCCCUGCCGGUCCUCACCCUACCCCCAUCCCAUCAAAACCAGCAGAAAACUCCCUCUUCCAAAUAAAGUCCACUGACUUCGA